UAUACGUCACCAAAAUGCUAUCUUCCUUUGCCGGCUCCAAAAUGAGAGAAAAUUCUUGUCUAUUGGGUACGAAGGUUUCCCCUACAGCGUUAAUCCUGCUGACUUUGAGCUGCAUUGUUCAGCUACUUUCGGCAGUUGAUGGUUCCCUAAAGCAACCACUGAUGUUGUCACCUUUAAUCAGCACACGUCAAAUCAAGCAAGCGCAUGAGCUAAGUCUUGUAAAAGAUGAGAAAUCUGUCAUACCGAACAGCCACGCUGGGUUCAUUACUGUGGACAAGAAACUCGGAAACCAUUUGUUUUUCUGGUUCUUUCCUUCAAUGUCCGGGGCUGAAUCCCCGCUUGUGGUUUGGCUAAAUGGGGGCCCGGGAAGUCCCUCAACAAUGGGUAUAUUUUUUGAGAAUGGACCAAUUCGUCUUACGAGUAACUGGUACGAGCGUAGCAACAUUUCGUGGACACAGACAAUGUCAAUGUUGUACAUAGACAACCCCGUCGGCGUCGGCUUCAGCUAUUCAGACAGUGGGAGCGCCGGAUAUAGGAUCGACCAAGAUGGCUAUUCUAAAGAUCUUUAUGAGUUUAUCGAACAAUUUUACAUUCUAUUUCCUGAAUACCAGAAACGAGAGUUAUACAUUGGCGGGGAGUCUUAUGCCGGAAAGUAUGUGCCUGCAUUCGCUCAUUAUUUGCAUUUAGAAAUCAAAGCUGGAAGAUCAAACCAGACUUUAACAGGUAUUUAUCUUGGAGGUCCAUUCUUUGACCCGUAUGAGCAAGGUCUUGCGAUCUCUGACUAUCUACUUUCUGUUGGCUAUAUCUCAAGAAUGGAAGCAAAUCAUCAUAAGAAUGACAUUAAAGAGAUUUUCGAUGAAUUUCAGCACAAAACACUAAAUAACAGCGAAUUGGGCAAAAUGGUAGGCAAGUAUUUUUUUUUAAAUGCCAAUGGAUUUAGUACAGACAACUAUUAUUCUGGUGAAGAGCCAAAAUACGAAAACCUGAAUACAGUCGUGAAUUCAACUUAUUUGAGAAAUCUGGUUCACGUUGGAAAUGUGACUUUCAACGAUUGGAAUACAGAGAUUAGAUACAAAAUGCUGAGAGAUACAUUAACCAGCACAAAACCCAAACUAGCCGAACUUGUUGAAAAAUACAAAGUUUUAAUCUACGGAGGUGAUCUUGACGCUCUUAUGAGUCCUGCUAUGAUUGACGCGGCCCUGCUGUCCAUGAAGUGGUCCAAAAAAGAAGAGUACAACAACGCGGAACGUUCUGUUUGGAGGGGUGGUGAUGGCGCGCUGUCUGGGUUCUAUUCCAGAACUGGGAACCUCUGCCAGGUUGUCGUUAAAGGUGCUGGACAUUCGGUGGGCCUUGACCAACGGAAGAGAGCGUAUGACAUGAUGAAUUUUUUCAUUCAGAAAGGCUGUAUCGGCAAGUGAUGGACGAAGUGCAUGUAGACCACUGACAUGACAAGCAAUGGUGUAGUCUAAGAUUAUA